AUGAUCCAUUCAAUAACGAUCACUGCUGAAUAUAAACUCGUCGACUACAACGUUCCAACGGCAGGACGACUCGCUGCGUUGCUUUUCAAUUACAAAAACAUCGACUUCGAAUACGUACAAGUCGACAAGUCGAAGGCUCACGAACAGGAAACCGCUUCGCCUUUCGGGAGUCUACCGGUUCUGUACGUGAAUGAUGAGAUACUCGCCACGGAUUACGCGAUCUGCAUGUACAUCGCUCGAGUGCACGGGUUGGAGGGCAAGGAUGCCAAGGACGCGGCUCGAUGCGCCACCAUUGUGACGGGAAUCGCCCAACUGUUCUCUACAAAACUCAUGGGAGGGAAAGAUAUUCGAGACAAGUUACCCAAAUACUUGAGAAGCUUCGACAAGCUUCUGCGAAGGGUCAACACAGGAUAUUUCGUCGGCGAACAGAUCACUUGGGCGGAUUUGGCGGUGGCGUUCUCCUGUCAUCAGAUCCAGGCGCGUUCCCACGGAGCCCUCGAUCGUCAUCCGAACUUGAACGAUCACUACUUGAAUAUGUAUUCGAUACCGGCAGUUAAGAAAUUCCUCGAAGAGACCUGUCCGUCUGAAUAG